UUGCCUCUGGAUAUUUCUAGGACAACAGUCUCACAGUUUUGUUUUUCUUGCCAGAAUUUAUUUUUUCAUGCAAAUGUUCCUAUUAGAUAACCGUAUUGGAAAACCUUCAUGAACCAUUUGGAUCCGAAACAUUGUAAAGUGGCAACGUUCCUGUUAUUGGCUGGAUCUGAAACUGCUUCUUGUAUUUUGUAAAUUUAGUGGAUCAGCAGGAGUAAACUCUAAAACAAGAAGAGAGCAGCUGCAAGGAACAUUUCCAUUUCGAGAGCGUCAGGUGAUCAAUUCCAAGGAACGAACAUUGCUACAUGUUACCACUAACUGUCCUCUGUGUCUUGUUAAAAAUUGGACUCAUUUCCUGAGGAAAACAUACUCCAUUUUCAAGAGCGAUGUGUGUCUAUCAAUGUGAGGAGUUCUCCUGCUGUCUGUAGAGGAUUGUUUGGCUGGCGUUGAGGUGCUGAGACUCACUUAAACAACAGAAUAAGUAACGCUAAUAAGUUGCUGAGGUUACUCCAGGUCAUUUCAGAGUGUGGCCUGGUGAAGCUGGACUGGAGGUCAGCACAUAUGCUGUGAAGCUUUGCACCACUGUCAGGAGCUGAGACAAUAAGUGGCAAAGUCUCCACAACUGGACAAGAGCGAUGGAAAUCCUCAGUUUUGAGGCGGAGACUGAUUGGCUCUACGACUGGGAGGCAGUCCAACAGCCCGAAGUGCCCCCGUGUGAUUGGACGGACUGGGACUUAGAUUUCGAGAGCGUUCCUGCUGUUUUGAGCCCCACAUACAAACAGCGAAAUGAAGACUUCAGGAAGCUCUUUAAGCAGCUUCCCGACACAGAGCGCCUGAUUGUGGACUACUCCUGUGCCCUGCAGAGAGAUAUCCUCCUGCAGGGUCGCCUCUACCUCUCCGAAAACUGGAUCUGUUUCUAUAGCAACAUAUUCCGCUGGGAAACGCUGCUGACUGUGAGGUUGAAAGAUGUUUGCUCCAUGACGAAAGAGAAGACGGCUAGACUCAUUCCCAAUGCCAUCCAGCUGUGUACAGACAGUGAAAAGCACUUUUUUACCUCAUUCGGGGCAAGAGAUCGGACAUACAUGAUGAUGUUCAGACUCUGGCAAAAUGCUCUUCUGGACAAGCCAUUGUGUCCCAAAGAGCUGUGGCACUUUGUCCAUCAGUGUUAUGGGAAUGAACUGGGUCUAACCAGUGAUGAUGAGGAUUACGUACCUCCUGAUGACGACUUCAACACCAUGGG